AUGGCUAAUAUUGAAACUACUAUACAUUUUCGCAUUGAUGGAGAUGGUAUUUUUGUGCAUAAUAUUGAUUUAGCUAUACUAAGUGUUGGGGUACUAAAAGAUAGACUUCUGACGCUAGGACAUAUUACUUCUAGGGAUGCUAGACUCUGCAGAAUCAAUUGGGGCAGAGAAAUAGAAAUGACUAUGAGGUCUGGUGCUUUGGUCAAAAAAUAUUUCGGCAGAGAGCAUUAUUCCAAUCUCGACCCCAAUCUAAUUCACAUUGGCAUAAAAAAUCUUCCUACUGAAAUAAUGACAUCGGUAGCCUUAGACACUGAUAAAUAG